AUGGACUUUCUCAAGUCGUGCUGCACCAAUCUACAAGCUGUAGAAGGCUACUCGUCUAUUGACUACCUCAUCUACAACCACCAGGACGCGACCCAGGGCCAAAAGACCGACUGGGAUGACCAGGACCAGCGCAAUGACCUUCUCCUGUGUUUGCGACAGCGACGGGUGCUGGUGCAGUCGGCGGUGCAGCAGAAGAAGGUCUGCGUCUUUGGCGGUUUCCAAGCCGCCGACGACUACAUGAAAGAGCUGGGAUGGCAGGUGCACCAGCGAGGUCGCCUCGAGGCCGCCGCUCUGACACGGCCCAACAGCGACCCUAAGCUCGUCAUGCAGAACCAGCACAUCUUCAGCAUGUUCCUGGCUGCUGUCGAGGCUUCGCUGUCCAUUUCUCUGUCUCAACUUUGUGGCGCUAUUCGUGUUGGCCAUCUGACGUGGAUCCUACCCACCGAGGGUGACCACCAACUGCUGUCCCUUCGCGCGCAGAUGACCAGUCAGGGCACUCUUGCUCUUCUACCGCAUGCGAACAACACUGGCCUCUCCAUCGCGUCCGACACCGACGGCGCCAACGUCUUGCUCGCUCCUUCAGGCACUCCCGCUGUCGUCGCAUCCCCCUUGAACCUCACCGACAUCAACGACAACGCCUCUUCAUACCAAGCUCGGAGGGAGGCCCGUAUGCGCCUCAGUCGUCGCGCAAAGCAUGCAAACUGGAAAUCUUUGGCUGCGACAAAGUUAGAAAAAGCAAGUCUAUCACAUGAUGAUUCCUGGUUGAGGGUUAGUCUGCGGUCGUCCAACUCACAAGACCAACUCGAGUGUCUUUGGCCGGGUUCUUUAUGCUUGGAGAUCCCUUCGCAGCAACUGUCACCUUCGCUGGAUCGGACGGACAGCAUUCACUGGUUCGACUCAAAAGAUCCAUACCAAAAUCCACUCGACACUGCCGAAUCCUGGUUUGUCGGACAAGAAGAGCGAGCAAAUCAGGAACAAAAGAUGCGACAAGCUGAAAAGGACAAGGAAAAUGCUGCUAACAAUAUCCCUGAAGAAGCUAUACCUGAUCAUUUGUCGGUUACAUCUCCAGUCUACUCUCGCAGCGCUCAGGAUCAGAUUAGUGUAAAUGGCAUAUACCCGACACCGCCUGACGCCAUACCCCCAAUCAUCUGCGCGGACCCAUCUAUACCAAACGUAAUAGUCUCCGACAACCCCAUCGAAGCAUUACCUGGACUUCCGGAAGAGACCCAAGAGCAAGAAAACGAUCAACACAUGACACAGAAUGACAGUACCUCGGAUGUUGAUCUGGAUACUGAAGAUUACCACAAGGAGAAUACCGACGAUUUGUUUGGAGACGCCGAUGAAGAAAUGUUCGAGAAUCCUGGUGUGACGGAUGCUGAUUUCAGCUUUUUUGACAAUCCUGGAGGUGUUGCUUCGAUGCCUUCUAUUACUGGUCCGUCCGAGGAAAUGAUUGAUGCAGUUUCUGAUCCUACGCCGAAAAUGGAAGCUGUUGAGCUCCAGCCACAACCCACCGUCCUCGAGGAAAACAUGCCGCCGGAGCAGAUCAAGAGCCAGGAGAUGCAGGAAGAGACGAAGAAAGAGCCAGAAAAGGAGGAUGCAGAUGUCAAGCUUGAAGACGCGAUUGAGGAGGCUGCCUCGAGUCCACCGCUAAGCCCGCUGAAAAUCAAGGACAGGCUUUUACCUGAAGAGCAAGAAGAGAAGCAUGUUCCUAGCUUGCGAAGAGACAGCACCUUUCUACCUGUGGUUUUCAAAGAUGAUCUCUCCAACUUCGAUGCCAAAUAUCGAGCUUUGGGCAAGUUCGAUAGCGGUUUUGUCAAAAAGGAAGACAACGCAAACAGAUCUAACAGCAUCGCACUUCCUGAAAAGCCGUUCAGGGCACGCAAUCCCACUUCGCUUUUCCGGAGACGCAACACUGUGGCUGAAGCCAAGUUCACACCUCGGGACGAUGGAUCGCAAGAAGAAUCGGAAUCCGAGACCAGCCAGGAAUCCGACUCAGAGAGUAUGUCAUCUGUCGAGGGUAGUCUUCGGUCGCUUGACAUCAGAAAAAGGAAACGAGGAUCAGCAGACGAAGGUCCGACACCAAGAUACCUUGCCGAAUCGAUAGCCGAAAGCGAUGUGGAAAGUGUCGGUUCUGAUGCGACAGCUAUGACUGAUCCUGGACCGAUGAUUGAUCAAUUGGUUGCCGCAAGAGAAUCUCAAAAUCGUGCCACGGAGCAGCAGCACAAAUUUGCAGACAAUCUCUCAAUCUGGAGAAUGCCUUCCAAGUCAUUGACAGCAACUCAAGAUCUCAGUAUCUGGCCUGUACUCGACUUUACCGCAGACGAUCUCGUUGAUAUAGCUCAGCUCGUUGCUGAACAGAGUACUUUUGCUGGAGCUUCGGAUUUGGACAUCAGAGAGACCCCCACUGUUGCCUCACCUAUCUAUUCCACAGCUCAAGACGCGCUGCGACAAGUGUUUGAAAAGGCGCAAGACUGUGACUUUGCAAGAGUUGGUGCAAUGGCUGCUCAUCACGCCGAGCAAGCGAUUGCAGCUGCUGCAAAAAUUCAGCAACGACCUGUACCACGGCGGCCGCCAGGGAACAUCAGCUCUGUCAUCACGAUACCUGCGCCAGCUGUCCACGUCCGUCGAGCGGGACAAGGAUGGGAGUUACAGCCGACUGCCGUCAAUUUCUGGGAUACUCUUGGACUGGAACCCGCGCAUGGACCAAAAGAUGUUGCUGCAUUUGCUUUAUAUCCUGACAGUGGUGGUUUGGGUGAAGCUGUUGCGGACUUCUUGCAAGAGAUCCGACUUGCGUACGAGAAUCGGAAACUUGGCAAGCACUAUAUUGGUGGCGAGACAGGCGAGCAUGAAGAUGGACUGGUGGCAUACCGUUCACAUGGUGAACCGUCCAUCGUCAACAUACUGCAAGGUCUGCAGACGGCUUGCAACACCCUCGGUGAUUUGCUUCAUGAUGCUGACCUUGAAGACACAAUCAUCAUCUACAUGAUUAACCCGUUUGAAGACGAGUCUUUGGUCAAGUAUCUAUGUGGUUGCUUCCAAGCAAUGCUCAUAACUUACUCUUCAGAUCGCGAAGAUCCGCCACCAAUGAUCUUGCAAAUCGUCCCGAUGAGCCGUAUUGCAUGUCCGACCGCCAUGACCGUCCCAGAUCAAGCCUGGCUAAACUCGCUUGCCGCUUUCAUCUACGACAGAGUUUCGCUGGAAAGCAGCAACGAUCAAACCUCCUCUUGGCCCCUGAACCUAUCCCCCUGUAUCCACCUGGCAUCCCCUCCAAGCCGCAAGAUCAACUUUGCACUUACAGAGCGCACGCCCAAGAAUCUUCUCGAGGAAGCGCAAAUCUUGCAUGUUGCGUAUGCUGUUAAUGCAGAUAACAGCUGGCUCAGUGCAGCGUGGACGGACAACACAGGCAUACAUUAUCACAAAGCAUCAUACUGCCUCAGCAACACAGAUGGCAGAAUCAUACUCACAGAAGUCAGAGACACGACUUUGAGUCUCGCACGCGACUCCCCUCAUCGUGUUUUUGUUGCUCGCGCCGGCGUCAUGCGCGAUUGGGAAAAGAGAAUUUGGCGGGAGAAGCCUUCUGAAAACUGGAGUAUUGCUUUGCUGGACGUGGACAUGAGUCCUGCCUUGCAGAUUGGCGCUAACACCGAUGGCGGAGGUGUAUUGGGGAUGGGAGCAUUUAUGACGCCAGCUGCUACACCUCAAGCAUCCACCUUUACAUCGCCAGAAACCGGAGAUACCAAACCGUCGACGCCAGCAGGAGAGACGCCAACUCAACAACAGGAAUUAAGUUCCUUGCAGCAAGCAGACCCCGACGCCUUCCUCAUCGACAACACAGACGAGACCUGGGGUGUGCUGAUGCCUUUCUCCUGCACUCGAAGUACCACCCUCUCUCGCCCUCUUGCCUCUGGUUUACUCCUCAAACGCGGCCCUUCUGACUCGUUAUCCAACUUACCAUCUUUGGCCGUUGAUCUUAUGGACGUGAUCCCGCCGAGGAUUCCUGAGAAUGCGGUUAGUUGGCUUGCGCAACGUGCGCCUGAGACGACGCUUAAAGAGACAAUGGUUUGGUAUCGAGGGUUGGGGUUGCUUGGAAAAUUGAGGGGGGUGGGGGAAUGUGAGGAGGGGAAUGUGCCGUGGCAUUUGGGGGUUGUGGUCAAGGGGGCUGAGGCGCUGCAGGGGUUUUUGGAGUAG